UCUUUCUUCUCUCACAGUAAAUUGUACUAUCUUCAUCAGUCUUUCUUAUGCAUUUUUCAAACAUGAAUAUUCAACAACUGGAUUUUCGCGUAAUGCAGUCGAGACCUCUUUCGCCAUCAGAAGGAUACGAAAACUUAGUCGCUAUCACCAUCGACAUAAAAUCUGACCGGUCCACUCCGGUUUAUCCACCCGUUCUCAUCAACAUCAGUCUCCAUAGUUCAAGUCCCCGCUACAUUUUCCAACAACUUGUCAUGGAACAAGAGACUCAAGAUACUAACCAUCUUCGCUUAUUAGCAUAUUUAGCCGAACAGAUCUCAACGGCUGCAACCUCAUUAGGUUUUGGACACAACGGUUUUGUCAUGGAAAUCGACUACAAAGUUGUUUACGUGGUGGUUAGGUCUGAUCAUCCUCCUCGAGACGAGUCGUUAUCGUCGAGGGCUUCCUUGUUGAGGUUGGUUCUAUCAGGGGGUGUCAGAUAUAGAGAGGAAACCAAGGGUUUGAAGAUGGAAACAGAGCCGUGUUCUAUAUGUCUCGACAAUCUCGUCGUCUCCGGUCGUUCGAACUCGAAACGUGGUAUCCCUACGCGUAUGACAUGUUCCCAUGUCUUCCACGAUGGUUGUCUCUUGGAAUGGCUUCAACGCAAAAACACUUGCCCUUUGUGUCGGACUGUGCUGUACGAUCGGUCUACGAUUUUGAACAAUGUGGAUUGAAAUUAAGGUUUUGAAGAGGACAUUGGAUGUCGUAGUUCCCAAAAUAUGUAAUUUUGUUUUUAUUUUUUUCAUUUAGGGUUUUCAAUCGAUUGAAAGAGUGAUGAAAUUUGAAUAGCAUCAGUACUUACUUCUUAUUACAUAAAUCUCCAAAGUCAAACAUAACUCAAAUGGUUUUAUGAUCACAUACAAGUAACAAAUUAAGUCUUUCUUUUUCUGUUACACACCAAAACAUUUGACACCUACACAGACACCAAAGUAUCAUCCCACAAAGCUGCAUAUGUAGUGUAAUUCUAAUCCUUCAUGCUGAGAGAGUCGUUUCUUAGAGUAAUUGUAAUCCUUCAUGAUGAUUAUCUAAACUGAACAAACUAUAUCACUUGUAUGAGUAGUUUCUGUCUCACAGUCAACUCUUCGAUCACCUUCUCUACACAGAAAGUUAAAGAUCAAAAGUGCCCUAUUUAUAUUUUAAAGUCACCAAAACGAAUUAGAAAACACAACAAAUUUAAGGGUUUUAAUCAAUUAAAAUGAAAAUUGUAUAUGGUAGGUAGUGUAAUUGUAAUUCUUCAUGAUGAUUAUCUAAACUGAACAGCCUAUAUCACUUGAUGAGUAGUUUAUGUCUCACAGUCAACCCUUGGAUCACCUUCUCCACACAGAAAGUUAAAGAUCAGAAGUGUCCUAUUUAUAUUUUAAAGUCACCAAAACGAAUUAGAAAACACAACAAAUUUAAAGGUUUUAAUCAAUUAAAAUGAAAAUUGUAUAUCCUACCACCUGAAAUUACAAUAACUAAUUUAUAAUUGUCCUCGACCCAUAAAAGCCAAAAAAGGAAACUUUUAACCAAACAGAA